UCUUCCACAGGAGCCUAUAUCUCCUGAAAUGGUGUUCUUUUACAUCACUCAGGACACUCAAAGACACCCUUUACUUCCUGAGCUGAAAUCAGGUGGUUUCAGGAUAAGUGGCAAAGUAUGUUCUCAGUGUUCGGUCUUAGAUCCACUUAUUGGUGAGUUAACAGUUGAAGCAUCUGGAAUCCCUAUUCAAUCAAUUGACAUCCACUUACUUCGCGUGGAGUCAAUCUUGAUUGGCGACAAAAUAGCAACUGAAACCACUUCUAUUCAGACAACACAGGUAGCAGAUGGAGAUGUCUGUCGUGGCUUGACCUUACCCAUAUAUGUCAUUCUUCCACGCCUUUUGACUUGUCCAACAAUUUUUGCAGGUCCAUUCUCAAUAGAGUUCAAAACUACCAUCGUCAUUACUUUUAAAUCAGAGCAAACCAAGAAACAUCCAAAAUAUGAUCCAAAAACUCCCAGAUCAUAUAUGGCUAUGGAAAGUGUGCCUCUGGAACUGGUGCGCAAAAAGUAAGAUGAUUGGAGCCAUUUACACCUUAUGAGCAACGCUUGGCAGUAUGUCAAUAUGUUCUUGCAACAACUUGGAAGAGAAGAAUAUCUCCAACUCGAGCUGUCAAUUGGUUCAAAAAGUUUGUUCAUUUAACUACUUUUUGACCUAGUUGAAAUGACCCAUAUUCAUUGAUUAGUAUCUCUGAGAUGCCAGAUCUACGACCAUGUAGCAAGAGCACAGUACAAUGGCCGGAAAGUCUUCAAAUAUGAUGCUUCAUCUCUUUCAGUUCCUGUUCAACUGUUUCUGGAAGAUUUGUAAAUAUGUAUUAUAGGAUCAGCUUCUUGUAUUGCUGUUAGCUAUCGGGGUACAGUUUAUAACGAGUUUUUAGUUGGAAUUACAAAUUUAACUUAUGUACUAGAGUCUUGGAUAUUAAUAAACUUAAAACCUUUUUAUCUUUCA